AUGACUCAGUAUUUCCCGGUGCUGGAGCCCUUUCCUCUAACGAGCUCAGUUAUUAUAUCUGUCCCACCCCAACUAAAUCGCAAAACUAUUGAAACCUCUGUGGAGGAAUACUUUCGCUUAAAUUCUACUCCUGGUGUAACAUGCACCUCCCUGUGGCUGGCCCACAAGGCGGUCAUUAGAGGCAAUUUCAUUCGUCUGGGUUCCUUACGAACAGAAGACAUACAAGAGGCUAUCAACAAGGUCGCUGUGUUGGAAGCUUUACAUAAGACUACUCCCUCGACAGACUUAUAUUCCCAACUCAUACACUUUCGCACCCUCUUACGACAACUUUUACUCUACCAAUAUGAAGCAGAUAUUCGUGAGCGUAACGUCCCUGUUUUAGUUGAUGUAAGAGAACUUAGACAACCGCGCCCAAUUUUAAUAAAUCUUGAACCCCCUGAAGAAUCUGCGAGGAAUGAUUUGAAGUUAGAGUCAUUACAAACUUUUGAGGAGGAGGGGAGGCAGAGGCAAUCUCAGGGUGCUGUCGUGGAGACGACUAGAGAAAAUAACAGUAUGAUGAAAGAAGAAGAAACAGAUGUGGUCAGUAAUGAGCAGUAUAAGGAGGACGUUCCUACAGGGAAAGAUCUGAUAUAUAUUAAUGCUCCAGACAUAAUAGUAAAAGCAGAAGAGACAGAUGUGAGCGGUGAUGAGCAGUUUAAGGAGGACAUUUCUACAGGUAACCACCCAGAUUCUUGUAGCAGGAGAUCAGAGGAGAAUCUUAUAUCUUCAGAUUAUAAAGCAGAUGAUGAUAUCACACAAGAUACAUAUGAAGAACAUUCCAUUAUCCCAGAUACACCCUCAGCCCUUCACAGCCAAGAUCUGUCAUCUCAUCCUUAUAUACAGGUCCUGUCUUCUCAGUCAUCACAGGAUGUUAAGAAAAAUAAAAGCCACAGAAGGAAUGAUGGACAUCAAAGAGAUUGUGCAGGGGAGAAGCAAUAUUCAUGUUCAGUAUGUGGGAAAUGUUUUAAUAGCAAAUCACAACUUAUUCAACAUAACAUAACUCACACAGGAGCGAAGCCAUAUUCGUGUUCAGAAUGUGGGAAAUGUUAUACUCAUCAGCCAAGUCUUAUUAGACAUCAAAGAACUCACACAGGGGAAAAGCCAUUUUCAUGUUCAGAAUGUGGGAAAUGUUUUACUUUUAAAUCAGGUCUUGUUGUACAUCAACAAACUCACACAGGAGAGAAGCCAUAUUCAUGUUCAGAAUGUGGGAAAUGUUAUACUCAUCAGCCAAGUCUUAUUAGACAUCAAAGAACUCACACAGAGGAGAAGCCAUUUUCAUGCUCAGAAUGUGGGAAAUGUUUUACUUUUAAAUCAGGUCUUGUUGUACAUCAAAGAACUCACACAGGAGAGAAGUCAUUUCCAUGUUCAGAAUGUGGGAAAUGUUUUACUCAGAAAUUAGACCUUGAUUUGCAUCAAAGAACUCACACAGGGAAGCAGCCAUUUUCAUGUUCAGAAUGUGGGAAAUGUUUUGCUCAGAAAUCCUAUCUUUUUGUACAUCAAAGAACUCACACAGGGGAAAUGCCAUUUUCAUGUUCAAUAUGUGGGAAAUGUUUUACAUUUAAAUCAGGUCUUGUUAAACAUCAACGAACUCACACAGGAGAGAAGCAAUUUACAUGCUCAGAAUGUGGGAAAUGUUUUGCUCAGAAAUCAGAUCUUGUUAAACAUCAAAGAACUCACACAGGAGAGAAGCCAUUUCCAUGUUCAGAAUGUUGGAAAUGUUUUACUCAGAAAUCAGACCUUGUUGUACAUCAAAGAACUCACACAGGGGAGAAGCCAUUUUCAUGUUCAGAAUGUAGAAAAUGCUUUACUCAGCAAUCACAUCUUAUUCAACAUCAAAGAACUCACACA